GAAGGGCUCUGCUGCGACGGCCGCUGGGCGGGAAGAGAGGGACGUGUGUCCCCUCCCCCUCACCGAGCCCCGCCCCGGCUCCGGCCGCCCCGCACUAGAACUCCCCCGCCCCUGCGAACCAGCGAGUGGCCGCGGCUAGAAGGGCCGCGUACGGCUCGCGCGCCAGGCUGGCCGGAAGAGGAAGUAGUUCCGGCUUCGUCUCGCGGUGGGGGUGGAGCUCGUCCUCGCUGGGCCGGUGGUCCUGUCCGAUCGGCGGCACCGCGAAAACCAAGUUCUUUUGACGGAUGUUUCAUCUGAGAGCUGCCUGUAUCAGCAACUCUGCUUCUCUGAAGAUACCUGGAUUUCUAUGCUAGGGUUCUCAGCUCCCUGGCUUGAGACAGGCUGGAGCUUCCUUAGCUCGCCAAAAUUUUAAGCCCACGGGGCAUAGGCAGCUAGUACUUAUUCUGAUACCAACUGCCAGUUUCCACUUCCUUUGUUAGAAUAAAGGUAAGCUGCUCCAUCCAGUGCACAGACAAGAGAUUGAACACAGAUUUCUGAGGAUAAAGACCUUGAGGGAAUACUUUUCCCGAGUUAAUUUGGAAACAACUGUGUCUUUUCUUUCUAGGAAAAAAUGAUUUCCGAAAGCAGUUCUUUUGUGAAAGGUAUGGUGUUAGGAGGACUCUUCUGUGUAUUUGUUACACUCAUAGGACAUAAUAAGAUGGGCCAUGGGACUAGAGCACAUCACCAUGAGCAUCAUCAUAUUCAAGCACCUAACAUAGAAGAUGUCUCAAAUUUGUCAGAAGCUGAGCGCAUGGAGCUCAGCCAUAGUAUCCGUGUUUAUUGUAUCAUCCUUGUCAAACCUAAAGAUCUUGGAAAUUGGGCUGCUGUGAAAGAAACAUGGAGCAAACACUGUGACAAGGCCGAAUUCUACAGUUCUGAAAGUGUUAAGGUGUUUGAUUCUGUUGUUCUCAACACAAAUGACAUGUGGGUGAUGGUGAGAAAUGCUUAUAAAUUAGCAUAUGAACGCUAUAAAGAUGAGUACAACUGGUUCUUUCUAGCACAUCCAACUACAUUUGCUGUUAUAGAAAAUCUCAAAUAUUUCUUGCUGAAAAAAGACCCAUCGCAGCCUUUUUAUAUAGGUCAUACUGUAAAAUCAGGAGAGCUUGAGUACGUAGAUGGUGAUGGAGGAAUUGUCUUAAGUAUAGAGUCCCUAAAAAGACUCUCUAAAAUUUUUGAAGACCCUGAUAAGUGUCCAGAACAGGGAGGCUUGCUUUGGAAACUCUCUGAGGAUAAACAACUAGCAGUCUGCCUGAAAUAUACUGGAGUAUUAGCUGAAAAUGCAGAAGAUUCUGAAGGAAAAGAUGUCUUUAACACCAAAUCAGUUGGUUCUCUUAUUAAAGAAGCAAUGGCUAAUCACCCUCAACAAGUAGUAGAGGGAUGCUGUUCUGACAUGGCCAUCACUUUCAAUGGAUUGGCUCCUAACCACAUGCAUGUAAUGAUGUAUGGCGUUUAUAGGCUCAGAGCAUAUGGGCACAAUUUCAAAGAUGCACUGGUUUUCUUACCUCCCGCAGAUUCAGACAAUGACUGAUAACUGUUCAAAGGCGGCAUAUGUAUUGUGUAGAACAUGCAGUCAGCUGUUAAUGCAUAAUGUGACUUGCAUGUAUACAAGCUGGUGCAAUUUUUGUAUUUGAUGGUAUCUGUGUAUUUUUUGCACAUCGGGGUUUGUUCAUUUUAGUUUUAAAAGGGGGAAUCUUUUUUUUCUAAAACUUUUAUACAAAAAUGUUUCUGGCUCAACUGUGUUGGAAUGAAAAAUGUUAAUGGUAAUGCUAAAAUCUUUGUGUGAUAAAGGAAAUGAAUUUAUAGGGGAUAUUUGUAUGGCUAAAUAUUUAUAAGUGAAAACAAAUGAAUCUUAAUCUAUUGUAAUUUAAAUAUAUUUUUGCAAGAUUUUUUGAUUUUGAACUCUUCCACGCACUCCUUGAAAAUCUUUAUAUCUUUCUAAGAUGUACAAAUAAAACUGAAAAUACAGAUUUAGUAUUAAA